AUGGGUUCAUGUGCUUCAAAACCAAAAAAAGCAAACAAUUCAACUAAAAAUAAAAAAAGAUUAAGCUCUAAUAUAUCAAAGAGUAACAAUCAGGAUAUUUCAAGUGCUGAUGCUAAAAAAUUCCAAGAUGAACACAAAAAUAAUUUAAAUCAAGUUGCAUUAAAUUGGAAACCAAAUACAAUCGGAAUUUGGAAGAGAUCACACGAAAAAUUAGCUAUUCAUACUGAUAUACCAAGAUUAGGCCAUAAGAUUGAAAUUAUCGAUAAGUUAGAUAGAUUAUCAAAUAUUAGUUUUUCAAAUGUUACAUCAAUAUCAUUAAAUAAUAAUACAAUCCCAUCAUCUGAAAAUUUAGAUGCUUUACAACAACAAUCCCAACAACAAUCCCAACAAGAUAACAAUAAUAAUAAUACAUCAACAACAACACAACAAAAUGAGAAUAUAACACCAAAAUCGGAACAAUUACUUGAACAUAAUUCUAAAUAUACAUCAUUAACAACAUUAACAUCACAUGGUUUUUCAACAGCCCAAGUUCUAAAGAAAGAAGAGGUAGUUUAUCAAGUAUUGACCAACUUGGCACAUCUUUUAGAUGGAGAAGAAAAAGAAAAAAGAAUUAAAAACAACUUUUCAAACUAUAUCAAGGGGUCAGGUGAUAUGUCUCAACAAUUAUUGGCAUUACUCGGUGCUGAGGUCGGUGAAAAUAGUAGAUUAAUGUCAUUAUUAAAAGUUUGCCAUCAAAAAAUUAUUUUACCAAGUUAUUAUUUUAUUAAAGCCAAUUUAUUUGAAGAUUUACCAUUUAGAGACAAGAGAGGAAGCUGGCGUAUGAGAAUUACUUUUGAAACCGAUGGUACCGUAGUUGCAUCACAUUCAAAACGACAACAAUCCACUGGUGGGGCCGAAAAUGAUCCAGAGUUUGAAUUUGAAUGGUGUUUAUCCAUUAUCUUUGACAAAGAAAUGAUGAUCACCGCUCUUAGAGUUGAAGUGACCGAUUUAAUUAUAAGUAAAAAUAUUUCCGACGAUAAAAAACAAGAAAUUCAACGUGCUUUUUCAAUUUUACAAAGUGCUACCAAUUCAACAAAUAGUAAUAAUAGUUCUGAACCAAUACCUUUAAAUAAAGUCGAAUUUUAAAUAUAUAAUAAAUAAUAAAUAAUAUAAUAAAAAAAUAUAAAAUAUAAAAUAUAAUAUAAAUUUUAAACAACAAAAAACAACAAAAAAACAACAACAACAACAGACAACAACAGACAAAAAACACAGAUUCAAAAAUCGUUUUAGCUUUG